GCUUCUUUCUGCCAUUUUGGAUCGAUCUCAUGUGAAAGCAUGGCGGUGGAUAUGAGAUUACCAACUGUCCACAAACACAUCUCACUGGCAACAUCACAAACUCACCUGGACAGCAAACAUCUGGUGGUUCCCGGUGAUGUCAUCACAUCUGACACCGGGUUCAUGAGGGGUCAUGGCACCUACAUGGAUGAAGAGCGGCUCACAGCGUCAGUUGCUGGAGAGGUUGAACGAGUCAAUAAACUCAUCUGCGUGAAACCACUCAAGACCAGGUCAACACUGAACACUUCAUUUCUAUUUAACUAUACAGCAGGGCUAUUCAACUUCAUCGACAAAAAAUAUUCAGGAUACAACGGUGAAGUUGGUGAUGUGAUUGUUGGCAGGAUUACAGAGGUGCAGCAGAAACGAUGGAAAGUGGAGACGAAUUCCCGUCUGGAUUCUGUGCUGCUGCUGUCUUCAGUCAAUCUACCUGGAGGAGAACUGAGAAGACGAUCUGCUGAAGAUGAGUUGGCCAUGAGAGAUUAUCUUCAGGAAGGAGAUCUCAUCAGUGCAGAGGUUCAGUCUGUAUUUUCAGAUGGAGCUCUUUCUCUGCACACACGCAGUUUGAAGUACGGAAAGUUGGGUCAAGGUGUGCUGGUACUAGUGUCACCAUCUCUAGUGAAGAGACAGAAAACUCAUUUCCACAAUCUACCGUGCGGAGCUUCUAUAAUCCUGGGGAACAACGGUUAUGUGUGGCUGUAUCCCACACCAGGACAUCAGGACGAGGAGGCAGGAGGAUAUUACACCAGCAUGGAGCCCGUGUCUCUGUCGGAUCGUGAGGUGAUCUCGAGGUUGAGGAACUGUUUGUUGGCUCUGUCAGCUCAUAAGGUGUUGCUGUAUGACACAAGUGUCCUAUACUGCUAUGAAUCCUCCCUUACACACCAGAUUAAAGAUAUUCUUAAGCCAGAGAUCAUGGAGCAGAUCAUCCUCGAGACACGACAGCGCCUGGUUGAGCACGAAGGCUAAAGAACAAAAUAAUUCCAUUUAUUUUCCAAUGACUGUAAUUUUAACAGCAUUCUUUUCAUGCUUGAAAUGUAACAUACAAUUUAUAUACUUAACACUUUGGAAUAAAUACAUACAAAUUAAAAAAAAAAAGUGCAUUAUUGUUGCUUAUACAUAAAAAAAAUAAAUAAAUAAAACUUGA